AUGGCCUCGCCAGACUUACCCGAUACUCCCCGGAUCGUCUUUCAGUCAUUAGCAGAACACAAAAUAGAUUACGAGAGGAGUGCGAUGGUAACGAACUUACCUAUCAGUAUUCCGGAAAUAACCUUCGAUCUCUUCAAACAAGCAGUUCUUCCGGUCGUCGAGGAUUCUUCCGUGGAAAAAGCACACCAAAAACUUCGAGAACGGGGCAUUUUGAUCGAUGAAGGCUGGAAAGACAUAAAUUUCGGUGUGGGUGAGCAGGGGCAGGAGCAAGAGACGAAGGCGAACGUCGAGGAGGAGGAGUUGAAAGUAAACGUGGAGAUAGAGGUGGAGGAAAUUGAGGUAGAGAAAAAGGAUAAGAAGGAGCCACUUUUCUAUGCGCCUCUGUUUGAGGGCCUGAACAGUAUCAUGGGGGCUGAUUCUGCCGUCAAAUUUCCAGACAAACAUCUGCUUUCCGAAGACUAUCAUUCACACUAUAAAGCGGACAACAACGGUCUUCUCACCGAAACCACAGCAGUUCCUCCUAUUGCUGAAGGAGAAGAAUACGAGUGCGAUGUCUUGAUGACGGGGGAACUGAAGAAGAAGUCCACGCCGGACACUGUCGAUGAUAAUAACAAGAAAGUUUUAUCUAAUGCGACGCAUAUCAUGAGUGCUGAUCCCAAACGUCGAUUCGUGCUUGGCUUAACAAUCGAUAAAUUUAAUAUUCGACUAUGGUUCUUCUCCCGGUCGCAUGACGCCAAAAACUUAAACUACUUUGCUUUGUCCCUCAGCGGAGCCUGUCAGGAGGAGCUAGGAUACGACCCUACAGUUAGGAGAUCACAGGGAACGAACGGAACUGAUCCACGCUAUAUUUUCACCAUCGACGGCAAGCAAUACAUUACCACGGAAGCUAUCACCGUUCGAAAAGCGAAAUUUCUACUCGGGUGCGCCACGCGUGUAUUCAAAGUUCAGCAGGUUCUCAAUAACGAAGGAGAGCUUGAUAGCGAGGUCAAGGUGAUCAAAGACUAUUGGCUACCUGAGGACUCUUGCACGGAACUAGAAACUCGUUCAGCUAUCGAAGCUAAUAUCCAGAAGGUUAACGCCGUCCCAAACCUAGACCGGAGCGCGUUCAAUAGAUACUUUGUCAAGAUUGAAGCCUGCGAGAAAGUUCCGGUACCUUCUACAACUGAGAAGGGACAGACACCUGACUCUACCUCGAAUUUUCUUCGGGUCCACACUCUUCCUUCCGACGUCAAGCGUUUCACAGUUUCAACACAAUCCUCUACUUACCAACGAGUAAUGAGUGCGAGCAUUCCAGCCUCAAUCAUGAUGGAAUCUGGACCAGAACGUGAACGACGUCAGGAUACCGUCCUCCGUGAAGCCACGGCUGUCCAUCCUGCGAGACUCGAUCGUAGGACCUACGCACCCAAAGUCCAUUAUAGACAACUAUUGGAGUUUGCGGGAGAACCGCUAAAUCAGAUUAUGAACUGGGAUAUUGUUUUGAAGGCAUUAGAAUCGCUAAUUAUCGCUCUCUCGUAUAUGCAUUCUGCUGGCUUUGUUCAUCGCGACAUUAGCGCUGCGAAUGUCUUGGUGAAAGAUGGGAACGCCAAACUUAUUGACUUGGAAUACUCAAAGCGUGUUCAGCCAGCAUUUCAACCUCACUCUGGAUCAUCAGAUGUCAAAACGGGCACACUGUUCUUCAUGCCUGUCGAAGUUAUGAUAGGCGAAUACCUUUUUGAACCUCAAACACACAUACUCAAUUUUGAGCCCGUGCCCACCCUUUCCAUUUCGGUAUCACUAUAUGCAUGA